AUGCGUACAUCUAGGUGUUUAUCAUUGUUAAUCUCUUCAGUCACUUCUCUGAUCCCAUUGAAAGAUUAUAAGCCAAAUGUCUUUGUCCUUACAGAUAUAAGUAAUGAACCAGAUGAUGCACAGUCUUUGGUUCGGUUGUUUUUAUACACAAAUGAGAUUAAUUUACAUGGUAUUGUUGCUACAACUUCACAAUGGUUAAAUACCACAAUUCAUGAACAAGAUAUUUUCCCAGCUAUUGAUGGUUAUGAAGAAGUUUAUCCAAAUUUAAUCAAACACUCAGAUCAAUAUCCAACAGCUGAUUAUUUAAGAAGUAUUGUUAAAAAGGGUCAUCCAGUAUAUGGUACCCUGGCAUUAGAGAACGAUACAUUAAGUUCUGGUGCUGAACACUUACUUGAAACCAUUAAUAAGCUGAAAGAUAUUGAUGAUUAUCUUUAUGUAUUGGUUUGGGGUGGUCCAAAUGUUCUAGCAGAAGCUUUAAAACAUCUUUCAGAGACUAAGCCAAAAGAUGAAGUUGAUCUUAUUAUUUCCAAACUUUCUGUUUAUACAAUAUCUGAUCAAGAUAAUACAGGUCCUUGGAUUAGAUUUACAUAUCCUAAACUAAGAUAUAUCGCUUCACUUCAUGCUUUUAAUCAUUAUCUCAAAGCUGCAUGGAUAGGAAUUUCAGGAACAGGAUAUGACGAAGGUGGACCAGAUAAUUCUUGGGUAUCAGAUUCUUGGGCUAAAGAGAAUAUUCAAGAUAUUGGACCAUUAGGAAAACAAUAUCUAGAACGUGCAUAUAUUUAUGAAGGUGAUACACCGACUACUUUUUCAGUCUUACCAAAUGGCUUGAACGUUCCUUCACAUCCUGAAUAUGGUGGAUGGGGCGGUCGUUAUGGAUUAAUUGAUGCUAGUGUAACUUACAAUCAAUAUUCAGAUACUAUAGAUCAUGUUACUGGUUUAAAUGGAAUAACUUUCAAUAGUUCUCAAGCAACUAUUUGGAGAUGGAGGCCUGAGUAUCAAGGUAAUUUUGCAGCAAGAAUGCAAUGGACAAUUAAUGACUUCAAUGAGACUUAUCAUGAACCUAUCGUUGUUGCUAAUGGAACUCAAAGUGUAUUGCCAUUCAUUUUGGAGGCAAACUUAAAUUCCACUGUUGUAUUAGACGUUUCACAAAGUUAUGAUUUGAACGGGCAUGAAUUGAAAUUUGAGUGGUUUCAUUAUAGAGAGGUAUCAUCAAUAGAUUCCACCGCUUCGGAUGUUGUUGAGAUUGAAAUCAAGCCAUUGAACUCCAAAAAAGACCAAGUUGAAUUUACUGUUCCUUCAUUUAAUGACUUAUGUAUAAGCAAGGCAAACACAGAGCUACCAAAUUGUAAAGAAAAUCAUAUUAUAGUUAAAGUCUCAAAUGGGAAAGCAAGCUCGUAUAGAAGAUUUUUGGUUAAAGCUCUUAAAACUUAUUAA